AUGGGAGUGAUUUUUACCGUCUAUGACUCCAUUGUCAACUGUCUGCUUCGAUGUGGAGACAUCAGAGGAGGAAAACGAGAUUCAUUCUGCGGAGGCGAAGAAAUAGAGAAAUGGGGAAAUGUCAUACCAGCUGUGCGUGGUGUCCCUGUUACCAAGAAGGCUUCUACAGGGUUUGGAGAGGAUAGGCACGUUAGGCCGCUUGUCCUCAGGCCAGCUGUAUCUGGUGUCCGGGUUGUCGUGGAGAUUUCUCCACAGGUUUCACGGAAAAAUCGUACGAAAUCACUCGUUCAUAGGCCUGCUAGACUUCAAAUUCCCAGACGGCAAGAUAUUGCAGAAGAGGCGCGAAUCGCGCAACUACAACCAACACUUCCGCAUCGAACUCGAGUAACUGACAAGUCUCGCGAUUCAAGACGGGGAUACAAAGAUGCUGUGAGGAAGUGGACAGAACGCAAGAGAGAACGCGAAGAGAAGGGGAGACAGAAUGAGAGACAGAAACUCAGUGAAAACCGAGAAAGUGAUCGAUUGGAAAGUCCACAGGGCCAAAUCGAUCCUGCGAUCAUCAAACAAGAAAUUAAGGACACACAUGCAAAUCUUCAUCGCGCGGUUGGCAAGGAUGAACAUGAAACGCUUCGAGCAUGUAAUCCGCCUAGUGAUGAAAGCCACAGGAUCAUGCCGAUUUCAGAAACCAAAAUGUCGACUGAUACACUGAUCUCAGCUCUUGUUGCCGAAAUCAUGAAAGAAAGGCAACAUGUAGAUGAGGUGAAGAAUUUUGUUAUCAAAAAGCAUACUCUUGAAGAAUGGCAGAAUUGGGGUAAAAUCCUAGUGGAGCGAAUGGAUAAGCAGAAAAAGAACUGGGAAGAAUAUAGGGAGAUACGAAAGAAAGAAGGGUCGAGGGAUUAUGGACGCCAAAACUUCGAUAAAUCAACGAGGGGAGAAUUGCCAUGGGAGUCUCUUUCAAUUCAGUCGGUUUACUAUUGGGUAGAUAAGCUUGACAAGGUUCUUGAAGAAGCAGAGGAUCACUUGCCCAAGACUCAUUGCGAAUGGAAGGAAGUGGAGAAGAAAAGUGCGGAGCAAAGAGCGGCAAAGGGCGAGGAAGCACAGUUUGUGAGGACGAAAGUGCGGGACUACGUUGAGUCUGACUCUGAUGAUCCGUCGACUAUGGGACCGGUAAAGCGCAAGCGAUUACCUCUUCGACCGAAAAAUUAA